AUGAAGGUCAGAUCACACCUGGUUCCCAUUGGCACAGACCAGCACAGACCAGCACAGACCAGCACAGACCGGCACAGACCGGCACAGACCGGCACAGACCGGCACAGACCAGCACAGACCAGCAUAGACCGGCACAGACCAGCACCAGCACAGACCGGUACAGACCAGCACAGACCGGCACAGACCAGCACCAGCACAGACCGGUACAGACCAGCACAGACCGGCACAGACCAGCACAGACCGGCACAGACCAGCACCAGCACAGACCGGCACAGACCAGCACCAGCACAGACCGGUACAGACCAGCACCAGCACAGACCGGUACAGACCGGCACAGACCAGCACAGACCAGCACAGACCGGCACAGACUGGCACAGACCAGCACAGACCAGCACCAGCACAGACCAGCACCAGCACAGACCGGCACAGACCAGCACCAGCACAGACCGGUACAGACCAGCACAGACCAGCACAGACCAGCACAGACCGGCACAGACUGGCACAGACCAGCACAGACCAGCACCAGCACAGACUGGCACAGACCGGCACAGACCAGCACCAGCACAGACCGGCACAGACCAGCACCAGCACAGACCGGUACAGACCAGCACCAGCACAGACCGGUACAGACCAGCACAGACCAGCACAGACCGGCACAGACUGGCACAGACCAGCACAGACCAGCACCAGCACAGACCAGCACCAGCACAGACCGGCACAGACUGGCACAGACCAGCACAGACCGGCACAGACCAGCACAGACCAGCACCAGCACAGACCAGCACCAGCACAGACUGGCACAGACCAGCACAGACCGGCACAGACCAGCACCAGCACAGACCGGUACAGACCAGCACAGACCAGCAUAGACCAGCAUAG